AUGAUAUCACGUCGGACGAUACUAUCUUCCCUAACACUGGGAUUACUGGGAGCAGCUCAGGUAUCAGCUACCGCUCUGACGGCCAUGUUGGGCGCGAACGAGAGGAGCUGCUAUUAUGCUGAUGUAGAUGGGGUAGGGGAGAAAGUGGGAUUCUACUUUGCCGUACAAUCAGGUGGUAAUUUCGAGAUCGACUACGUAGUGAUGGAUCCGGAUGAUAAAGUGAUACUGGAAGGUGUAGCUGAAAAGCAGGGCGAUUACAUAUUCACGGCGAAUCAGGUCGGAGAAUACUCCUUCUGUUUCGAGAACGAAGCUUACACUUCAGAUAAAUUACUUGAUUUCGAUAUAAUGGUAGAAUCCGAACCUCGAAGAGUAUUAUCAGCACAACAACAACCAUUGAAAGAACAUACUUCUUCCCUUGAGGAAAGCACUUAUAAAAUUAGCGGUUUGUUAAGUAGUAUAACGAGGACACAGAAAUACUUCCACACGCGACAUCAUCGUAAUUACUCUACAGUCUUAUCCACUCAAUCUAGGAUAUUCUGGUUCACCAUUUUGGAAUGCGUCAUCAUCGUUGCCAUGUCAUUAAUACAAAUCUGGAUUCUAAAGACAUUCUUCUCGAGAUCCGGAAGGUGA